UACUCUGUAUGUACAAUUCCGUGCGCGAUGCAUGCAUUGCGUGUGUGAGUCCCCGUACGUUAUUACCUCAUAUUUUUACAGAGCCCGAACUCUGAGUGCGAUGAUAUUCUUGUUGAGCAACGUUUAAGCGCGCGCUCACGCAACUUCUUCCUGGCUUUUGUGAGCAUUGAAUUUUUGUUACAGGAUAUACUAUUUUAAAAUUGGUUGCUUAUCCAUUUGUCAUUUAAAUCGCAUUGAAGAAAAAUGGAUUUCUUAGAAUACCCCGACAUAACCGCUGAGGUUAAAGGUGCAAUGACACCUGGAAGAUUAAAAUUGACUGAUCAAAAUUUGAUAUUUAAAAAUCAAAAGACAGGAAAAGUAGAACAAAUAUCGGCAUCUGAUAUGGAAAUGGUUAAUUAUCAAAAAUUUGUUGGAACAUGGGGUCUUCGAAUAUUUUUGAAAAAUGGUACUUUACACAGAUUUCGAGGAUUUAAAGAAGGGGAACAAGAAAAAAUAGCAAAAUUUUUUAGUACUAAUUACAAGAAAGAAAUGUUAGAAAAAGAAUUAAGUUUAAAAGGCUGGAAUUGGGGGACUGCAAAGUUUUAUGGUUCAGUUUUAAGCUUUGAUGUUGGACACCAUACUGCCUUUGAAAUUCCACUUUAUGAUGUCUCACAAUGUACUACAGGAAAAAAUGAAGUUACACUUGAAUUCCAUCAAAAUGAUGAUGCUCCAGUUAGUUUGCUUGAAAUGAGAUUUCAUAUUCCAGUUAGUGAUACUAAUGAUCAAGAUCCUGUAGAUCAAUUUCACAAGGAAGUAAUGGAAAAAGCCUCAGUUAUUAGUGUUAGUGGUGAUGCAAUUGCCAUUUUUAGAGAGAUUCAGUGUCUUACACCUCGUGGUCGUUAUGAUAUUAAAAUUUUUCAAUCAUUUUUUCAACUUCAUGGUAAAACUUUUGAUUACAAAAUUCCUAUGUCUACUGUACUUCGAUUAUUCUUAUUACCACAUAAGGAUAACAGACAAAUGUUCUUUGUAGUUAGCUUAGAUCCACCAAUUAAACAAGGUCAGACUCGUUAUCAUUAUUUAGUAUUGCUUUUCAAUCAAGAAGAAGAAACAUCUAUUGAAUUACCUUUUACCGAAAAGGAGUUGAAAGAAAAAUAUGAAGACAAGUUAACAAAGGAGCUUUCUGGUCCUACUUAUGAAGUUCUAGGAAAAGUCAUGAAAGUUAUUAUUAAUAGAAAAUUGACUGGUCCUGGAAGUUUUCAAGGCCACUCGGGUACACCUGCUAUUGGAUGUUCAUUUAAAGCAGCUGCAGGUUACCUUUAUCCGCUAGAGAGAGGAUUUAUCUAUGUUCAUAAGCCCCCUAUUCAUAUACGAUUUGAGGAAAUCAGUUCAGUUAAUUUUGCUCGAGGAGGCGGAUCUACAAGAUCUUUUGAUUUCGAGAUAGAAUUAACAACCAGUGUAGUUCAUACAUUUAGUAGUAUUGAGAAGGAAGAAUAUGGGAAACUUUAUGAUUUUAUUACUUCUAAAAAGCUCCGCGUAAAAAAUAGGGGUAAAGGUGAUAAACUAAAUUAUAAUGAUGACUUUGGAGAUAGCGAUCAAGAAGAUGAACCUGAUGCAUAUUUAGAAAGAGUUAAGGCAGAAGCUAAGGAAAGAGAUGAUGAUGAUGACGACGACGAUGAAUCCACAGAUGAAGAUUUUAAACCCACGCAAGAGGAAAGCGAUGUUGCUGAAGAGUAUGAUAGCAAUCCUAAUGAUACAUCAGAUAGUGAUGAUGGUUCAGAUGCAUCAGGUGGUAGUGCCAAAAAAGAAAAGAAGGAAAAGAUGGAAAAAAAAACAAAAUCAGCAAAGACAGUAUCUGAAAAACCAAGAAAACCACGUAAACAGAAAAAAGAAAAAGAUGAAAAUAAACCAAAGAGACCAGCCAGUGCUUAUAUGUUAUAUUUAAAUAGUGUACGUGAGGAAAUUAAAGCUAAAUAUCCGGGGCUCAAAGUUACCGAAGUUGUACAAAAAGGUGGUGAGAUGUGGAAAGAAUUAAAGGAUAAGUCAAAAUGGGAAGAAAAAGCAGCUCAAGCUAAAGAGGAAUAUAUUAAAGCUAUGGAAGAAUAUAAAACUAGUAGUGGUGGAACUACUGCUAAGGAAUUUAAAGAAAAAGAGAAAAAGAGUAGUAAAAAAAAAGAGGUAAAGAAAGAUUCUCCAAUUAAACCUGUAUCAGGAGGGACAUAUAAGAGUAAGGAGUACAUUAGUGAGGAAAGUAGUAGUGACGAAGAAGACUCUAGAAGCAAAAGUAAUAAGCGAAAGAAUUCAUCAUCAGAAGAAGAAAGUGAUAAAAGUGAUAAAGAAGAAAAGACGGCUGAAAAAAAACCUGCAGCGAAAAAAACAAAAGUCGAUAUGAAAAAAGAAUCAGAGUCGGAAGUCAGUGAUGCAGUAUCCGAAGAAGCCGAAGGCAGUAGCGCUGAAUCCAGCCGUGCUGAUAGCGAUUAAGCUUUUCGUUAGUGCUGGGAAUUUGACCAAUGCGUUAGUCAAAAUAUGUCAGUGGUGUACAAAGUUAAAGUUUUCGUUAGUUUAAAAUGUCUUCACAAACAUCGUAAUAAAAAUAUGCUUAAAAAUGUUUACCAUCUUAUUCGACUUACAUUGAAACAUAUUUAUAUUUAAUUUAAUUUUUUAUAAUGUAUUU